GGGUCUGUGUGUGUGGGUGUGUCUGUGGGUGUGUGUGUGGGUCCAUAGCCGCGCCUCCUCGCCACUCCAACAGCGACCAGCGCUGGUCCCGACACCGCGCCACAGCCCGGCUCCCUGUACACGGCACUGCCCAUGACGUCCAUGGGGACCAAGUGCAUCUCCUGCCUAAAGUACCUGGUGAUGAGACAGAAAUGCUUGUGUUUACUUCUCGUCUUCACUGUCUAUUCACUGGUGAACCCUGUGUUCUUCAGGUUUCUGGAAGGCCUCAUUCCCAUGGAAAAGUGUCAUUUGCCCAAAGGAUUCAAGCUGAGGCCUGGGACCCAUGCAGACAACUAUCUGGAUUAUUGGACCAGGACGGAUGUGCAAACCUGUACACAAUGGAAAGCUCCAAUCAUAUGGGAUGGCACCUUCAACGCAACGGUGUACGAUGAGAUGUAUAAGAAGCAGAACAUUGUUAUUGGUCUCACAGUCUUUGCAGUUGGCAAUUACCUAGACAUGUUCCUGGAGAGAUUCCUGGUGUCGGCUGAUGAGCACUUCAUGCCGGGGUUCCCUGUCAUCUACUAUGUGUUUGUGGAUGACCUGGCCAAGCUGAGAAGGAUCAGCGCAAGGCUGAGUAACAGAGGGAUAUUGCGGGAAGUGGCUGUGGAGAAGCAGAGGCGAUGGCAGGAUAAUUCCAUGUUUCGCAUGAAACUGAUCAAGGAGUUGAUCGAGACUCGAGUGAAUAACGAGGCGAAUUACAUCUUCUGCUUCGAUGUGGACCAGCAUUUCAGUGGGCGCUUUGGCACGGAGGCGCUGGGCGAUUCGGUAGCGCUGCUCCACUCCUGGUUCUACAGGAGGCCCAGGUUCAUGUACCCGUAUGAGACUAACCCGCUGUCCGCGGCUAGCCUGCAGAGUCGCGGUGACUUCUACUACCACGCGGCUGUGUUUGGUGGUACGUGGCAGAACGUGAGGCGGUUGACCGAGGCCUGUCACAGAGGCAUCGUGGAGGACAAGCAGCGCAAGGUGGAGGCACGGUGGCACGAUGAGAGCCAUCUCAACAAGUACUUCUGGCUUAACAAACCCACCAAGAUCUUGUCUCCAGAAUACUGUUGGGACCCUUUCAUAGGCUGGCGUACUGACAUCCACAUCUUCCGGCUGCAGUGGGCCAGUAAACAAUACGAGGCCAGUCGGCAACUUGACUGACCAGUCGACAAAUUGCAUCCAUCGAUUAUUCAAUUAGUUUUAGUUAGGGAUACAGCACGGAAACAGGCCCUUCGGCCCACUGAGUCCGCACUGACCUACAAGAACAACACCCUGCACACACUAGGGCCAAUUUACACAUAUACCAAACCAAUUAACCUGCAUUUCUGCAGCCUUCGUUCAAGCCAAGCUGUUUGAAUGACAAUAAAAGGAAUUCUAUUUCUAGGUUUGGAGGUUAAUUGGUUUGGUAUAUGUGUAAAUUGGCCCUAGUGUGUGUUGUUCUUGUAGGUCAGUAUGGACCCGGUGGGCUGAAGGGCCUGUACGUCUUUGGAGUGUGGGAGGAAACCGGAACAUCACGCUAGAUGCAGGAAACAUGUUCACGAUGUUGGGGGAGUCCAGAACCAGGGGCCACAGUUUAAGAAUAAGGGGUAGGCCAUUUGGAACGGAGAUGAGGAAACACUUUUUCACCCAGAGAGUUGUGAAUCUGUUUCAGAAGGCAGUGGAGGCCAAUUCACUGGAUGUUUUCAAGAGAGUUACAGUAGAUAGAGCUCUUAGGGCUAGUGGAAUCAAGGGAUAUGGGGUGAAGGCAGGAACAGGGUACUGAUUGUGGAUGAUCAGCCACGAUCACAUUGAAUGGCUGUGCUGACUCAAAGGGCCGAAUGGCCUACUCCUGCACCUAUUGUCUAUGGUUCUAUGUAUCUAUGUAUCUAAACCCCACAUAGGUCACGGGGAGAAUGUACAAACUCCGUAUAGAAGUACCUGUGGUCUGGAUCGAACCCGGGUCUCUGGCGCUGUGGCCCUCACCCAGCAGUUAGGUGUGGAUUCCGUGCAUGAAAACGUUGUUCAACUCUGCCUUAACCAUCUGCCUUAUUUACUUCACGCGCACCAGUCCACAAAACAACUUCGCCUAUUUCCUUCGCUCCAUAGAUGCUGCUGCACCCGCUGAGUUUCUCCAACAUUUUUGUCUACAUUUGAUUUUCCAGCAUCUGCAGUUCCUUCUUGAACAAUUUACAAGUGCUUUCCCCUUCUCACCCUCUUUACAAUGGCACUGAAGCUUGAAUGAGGAACAAUUGAAUAGUUGUUACAAUUCCCUGAUCAGUUCAGUUCAGUGUAGUUUAUUGUCAUGUAUACUGAAGUACGGUGACAAGCUUUUGUGGCAUGCCAACCAGUCAGCGGAAAGGACAAUACAUGAUUACAAUCGAGCCAUUUACAGUGUACAGAUACAUGAUAAAGGAAUAACAGUUAGUGCAAGGUAACGCCAGCAAGGUGCGAUCAAAGGUAGUCCAAGGGUCACCAAUGAGGUAGAUAGUAGUUCAGGACUCUUGGGUUACACAAAAAAGCUGGAGAAACUCAGCAGGUGCAGCAGCAUCAAAACUCUUCAGGACUCUUCUCUGGUUGUGGUAGGAUGAUUCAGUUGCCUGAUAACAGCUGGGAAGAAACUGUCCCUGAAUCUGAAGGUGUGCGUUUACACACUUUUAUACAUUUUGCCCGGUGGGAGAGGGGAGAAGAGGGAAUGGCCAGGGGAGAGACUGGUCCUUGAUGAUGCUGCUGGCCUUGCCGAGGCAGCGUGAGGUGUAGAUGGAGUCAAUGGAAGGGAGGUCGGUUUGUGUGAUGGUCUGGGCUGCGACCACAAUUCGCUGCAAUUUCCUGCGAUCUUGGAUGGAGCUGUUCCCAAACCAAUGCAUCCUGGUACGUUGCUUAGAAUGGUUGAAUGGUACUUGGAUAGCCAUCCUUUGAGUCAACAUGUCCUCCUAACAAGCAGCACCUCAACGAGUUGCCCUUCACCAUUGCCUUGGUGCUGGGAAUGUGAAGAGAAUUCUCCAAUGGCCUUUGUGCAGGUAGGGGGUCCCAGCUGAUGUACAAGGAGAAGAUGAGGUGAGGCAGCCAGGAACUGCCGAUGCUGGUUUACAUCGAAGAUAGACACAACAUGCUGGAGUAACUCAGCGGGACAGGCAGCAUCUCUGGAGAAAACAAAUAGGUGACGUUUCGGGUUGAGACCCUUCCUCAGACUGGGCAUUCUGAGUGAGGACAAAUGUGUUCAAAGAAUUCCCCUGACUCUCAGUCUGAUGAAGGGUCUCGACCAGAACCGUCACCCAUUCCUUCUCUCCAGAGAUGAUGCUGCCUGUCCCACUGAGUUACUCCAGCAUUUUGUGUCUAUCUUCAUUUUGAAUAAACUUGCUCUGUGAAUUACAUAUAGACCCAUUAAGGUCAGCACUGAUUUUUACAUUAUUUUGUUGUCAUUAGUAGUUUGCAAAUCUUCCUCUUUGGAGACAAAACUGUCUGUUUGAUUUGUGUUGAAUAAAUGUGUCAUUUUGACAGAUAUUUACAUUUUUGAAAUAAAAGAAUCCUUGCAUUUACUUUGGUUCCUCCUUUUGUCUCCUGAGUUUUCAGCCCAGACGGGCAUCGGUGAUUGGAUUGAUUGAAAGAUGCA